GGUGGUUUCACAUGCUUGCACACUCUCCAAAUAUAAGCCUGUGCCCUCCAUAAGCAGAAGCCACAAGGCAGGCCCUGAGAUGGAAGCCAGGCUGCUAAACACCAUCUGGGGACUCCUCCUGAUGUACCUGCUACAUGUGGAGUCUACAAGGGUGGACCUCGUACCAGAGAAGAUUGCAGGAUUCUGGAAGGAAGUGGCUGUAACUUCUGACCAGAACCUGGUGCUGAAGACUCAAAGGAGGAUAGAGGGUUUGUUCCUCACCUUCAGUGGGAGGAACAUCACCGUGAAGGCUGUGUACAACAGCUCAGGGAACUGUAUGACUGAAACAACAGUGGGUUCAAGAAGAGACACUGGGGGUGAUUUUGCUUUUCCCGGCCACAGGAAGAUCUAUGUGCUGGAAACAGACUAUGAGCACUACACCAUCCUGAAGUUAUCCCUACUCUGGCAGGGCAGAAACUUCCAUGUGCUCAAGUACUUCACUCGGAGCCUUGAAAGUGAGGAUGAGCCAGGCUUCUGGAAGUUUCGGGAAAUGACAGCAGACCAAGGCCUUUACAUGCUGGCCCGACAUGGGAGGUGUGCUGAGCUCUUGAAAGAGGUGAGUCCACUACCCUUGGUCUACAUUGCAGCCCAGCCUUCGUGGAGGCCCUGCUGACAUUACU